AUGAUUAUAAAAGAGUACAGAGUAAUUAAUAAUUGUACACGCGACGAGUAUCAAGUUGCUCAAUUGUUUGCUGUAGCUGAAGCUUCAAAAGAAGAGACUGGAGGAGGCGAAGGAGUAGAAGUGAUCAAAAAUGAACCUUACGAAAAUGAGAAAGGAAAAGGACAAUAUACAUACAAAAUAUAUCAUCUUUCCAGCAAAGUUCCAGCCAUUAUCCGAGCGUUGGCGCCCAGUGGUGCUCUUGAACUUUAUGAAGAGGCAUGGAAUGCAUAUCCACAUUGUACGACAGUCUUGACCAAUGGGUACAUGAAGGAAAACUUUAAAUUAAUUACCGAGACUAUGCAUGUUGAUAAUAGUCGUGGUGAAAUUCAGAACGCCUUGAAUAUUUCUCCAGAUUUGCUUGAAAAACGCGAAGUGGUGAUUAUUGACGUUGCGAACGAUCCGAUCGAUCCGAAAGAUUAUAAAAAGGAUCAAGAUCCUACUUUGUAUCACUCCGAAAAGACUGGCCGAGGCCCACUGAAAAAUAAUUGGAUUAAAUCCGUUGAACCUGUUAUGACCUGUUAUAAACUUGUAACUGUAGAAUUUAAAUGGUUUGGAGUUCAAAACAAGGUCGAAACAUUUAUCCAAAAUACUAUGCAAUCAUUAUUUACCAAAUUUCACAGGCAACUUUUUUGCUGGACCGAUGGUUGGUUUGGAAUGACCAUUGACGACGUAAGAGCCUGGGAAGACAAAACGAAGCAAGAUUUAGACGAAUCACGCGCGAAACCGCUAGCUGAGGAGACUGAGGCUUAG